AUGAACAGGGAAAAGGUUGUGGUUCUUCUUGAUGAAAAAAAGUUUAUGCAUCGUGAUGAUAGAUUGAUCAUUCUUUUACGUCAUGUUUUGAGAACACCAACCUACUCAUUGAAAGAUAUUAUUGGGAAUAGAUUACCGAAUGCAUCUAAUUUUUUCCAAUAUCCUUGUGAUGUUGUUAUUGAUGAGAGGAGAUCAUUAUUAUUUGUUAGUGAUUGUGGAGAGUUAAAUAUUCAAGUUUUUGAUUUACACUCUAGGGAGUUAAUGUAUAAUAUCAAAACAGUUGAUAGACCAAGAUUUAUGGCAAUGUAUUGUGACUCCUUGAUAUUUAGUUCCGAAGACGGAUUUGUUUAUAGAUUCGAUCUAGAAACUCGUAGUGAAAUUUGGAAAUCUUCUGGAAAAAUGUCAAAUCCUUGUGGAGUUAUUGUUGAUGAAAUGAGAGGAUUAGUUUUUGUUUGUGAAUGUGGAGGUAAUACCAUCCAAACUCUUUCGGCCGAAACCGGAAAAGUGAGAUCAAUACUUGUUCUGACUCCUAAAAGGCCUACUCUUUUCUACAAUAAUGAUAAUAUUCCUUCAGUGAGCAAUCCCUAUGGUAUUGCAUUCAGUUUGGAUAGAAAUUAUUUUGUAGUUUCUUCAGUUGUUAAUGCAAAAAUUUACUUGGUUGAUAAAAAGGGAAAAAUUGUGCAUUCCUUUGGAGAACACGGCUCAAAACCAAAUCAAUUCAAUUUUCCAUCCAGCUUGGAGGUUUCCUUAAAUCAUUUGGAAACCAAGCUCCUCUAUACAGCAAAGAAGCACUUUACCAGCCAAGAGGAUUGUCUAUCGAUCAUGCAACUGGUGAUCUUUACGUAA